CGGCCACCCGGCGGUGCGGGGGGCUCCGGGCCGGCCCCUCCCGGCGGGCGGUGCCGGGGGCGGGCGCUCCCCGCCGGCAGCAGCGCGGUGCGGGGGCGGCCCGAGCGGGCGCGAUGCGGGCGGCGGGGCCGCGCUGAGCCCGGCGGGGAGCGGAGCGGGGCCGAGCCGGGCCGGGCCGAUGGCGUUCAGCGCCUGGCAGAUCCUCUCGCCCGUGCAGUGGGCCCGCUGGACCUGGUCGGCGGUGCGGGGCGGGGGCGGCCCCGAGGGGGAUGGCGGCGCCGGGGCUGCCGAGGAGGAGGAUGAGGAAGACGAGCGGGACCCGCCGGCGGGGAGCUCGUCCCUCGGCUUCAGCUCGGACUCCACUGAUAAUUUUGAGACCCCUGAAGCAGAAACACCAACCUGCUCGCCACUCAAGGAGUUCUGCGAGCCACCAGGACCACCCGAGUCUGAGGCUGGAACCCAAGAGCCAGGUGGCCAUGGUGACCUGCUGGUAAGGGAAUCCCACUGGGACAGCUCAUCUGGGAAGCACCCCAGAGAUGAGGCUCAGCCAGAGACUGAAGCCCCUAAAGCCAGUUUGGAUGCUAAAGGGGAACCUGACCUCGAGCACUCGGCCCUGAUGCAGCCCUUGGCUGGGCUGGGCUGCAGGGCUGACCCUGGGCACCCCACUGUGCAGCCAGCCCCCUGGGAGCUGCCCAUGGCAGCAGGGGACACAGAGGACACUGGCACAGGGCUGGUGGAGCUGAGGGCUGAUGCCCUGGCCCAGGAGCAGCUUGGGAAAGGGAAAAUGCCUUCACUGGGGAGGAAAACAGAUGAAAACCCAGAGGAGACCCAAGCAUCCCACCAGCUUGACCCUGAGCAGCAUGACAGGAGUGUGACCCCUGCUGUGGCAGGGGCCUGCCAGCUGCAGAGCCUUCCCCAGCACCUUCCCCAUCCUGCUGAGCUGGAGGGGGACCCGGCUCUGGAGGCUCCAGGACAGGUCCCAAAACCUGGAGCUGGUUUUACAGAGGCUAGAGAGAGCAUGGAGGCCAAGCCAGCUUCACCCAGGAGGGCCAGCAGGAUCCCAGCCAGCAAGCUGACACCCAAGAGACACAAAGAGUCCCCCAAAAGAGCAGCUGAGGAUGUGGAGAGGGGUCACCCAGAGCCUCGGGGCUCCUCCCAGCUGGGACCCCCGUGCAGUGGCAGCUCAGCAGUGCAGAGUUCACCAGCUCUCCCCAAGGGCUCUUACCAGUUUGACCCCGAUAACUUUGACUCCAUGGAUCCAUUCAAGCCCACCACGACCCUUGCCAGCAGCGACGCUGACUCCUGCUCCACGGCAGAUAACAGCCUCAAUGAAAUCCUCGAGUCUCACACCCUGGAGAUGCAGGAGGACCUGAAAGGCAGAGACUCCCCCAGGAAGCCCAAGUCACGCCUGAUAACGAGUGGCUGCAAGGUGAAGCAGCACGAGGUGCAGCCCCUGGCCCUGGACAGCACUCAGGAUGAAGGAGUGUUGAUCUCAGAAAUCCCAGCUAUUACAAGUCGGGAUGGACGUGCCACUGAUGAGGAGAAGUUGGCUUCCACCACCUCCACACAGAAACCAGCUGGGCUGGAGAAAAAGGCUGAGCCAGAAGAUGACCUGGAGUACUUUGAGUGCUCAAACGUCCCUGUGCCUGCAGGGAAGCACAGACCAGAGGCAGGUUUUGAAAAGGAGAUCUGCAAGCAGAUGGAAAAGGGAGGGCCUGGCAUCUUCCCUGACAGCCCCGGGCUGUGCUCUCUGGACAAGUGCCCCAGCGUGAGCAGCAGCGAGAGUCCCCUGGCUGGAAUCUGCCUCAGCGAGCCCGAGAAGGCAGCAGUGCUCACCCUCAUCAGAGAGGAGAUAAUCACCAAGGAGAUCGAGGCCAACGAGUGGAAGAAGAAAUACGAGGAGAGCCGGCAGGAGGUGCUGGAGAUGAGGAAAAUCGUGGCUGAGUAUGAAAAGACCAUUGCCCAGAUGAUAGAGGAUGAGCAGAGGACAAACAUGACAUCUCAGAAGAACCUGCAGCAGCUCACGAUGGAAAAGGACCAGGCUCUGGCAGACCUGAACUCAGUGGAGAGGUCCCUGUCAGAUCUGUUCAGGAGAUAUGAAAACCUGAAGGGCGUCCUGGAAGGAUUUAAGAAGAACGAAGAAGCUCUGAAGAAAUGUGCUCAAGAUUAUCUAACCCGUGUCAAGCAGGAAGAGCAGCGGUAUCAGGCCCUGAAAGUCCAUGCAGAAGAAAAAUUAGACAAAGCCAACGAGGAGAUCGCCCAGGUGCGCGCCAGGGCGCGGGCGGAGAGCGCGGCGCUGCACGCGGGGCUGCGCAGGGAGCAGAUGAAGGUGGAGUCCCUGGAGAGAACCCUGCAGCAGAAGAACCAGGAGAUUGAGGAGCUGACCAAGAUCUGCGACGAGCUGAUAGCGAAACUGGGAAAGUCAGGCUGAGCCUCAGCCCCCCUUGCCCUGCACUCUGCACUUGGCUGCUUUUCUCGUGACCUUGAGCACCUUGCCUUACCCUGGAGUCCCUGCAGAAAGCUCUCAUGUCCAGCUUGGCUGCUGGACCUGUGGCUCUCGAGCAGAACCACUCCCCUCCCUCUCCCUGUCUGCUUCCCACAGCCCUGGGGCUGGGAUCCCUGCACCCCUGGGGAUGCUGUGCUCAGCCUGGCCUGUGUGUCCCUCCCAGGGCCUGCCACACUGUCCCUCUGCACCAAUGGCCCCACUCAAGGGGGAGGUGACAUGCUGGGCUCUGUCUCCCCCCCGUGCUGUGUCCCCACCACGCUCUCUGUCACUUUGUGCUCAGCAGAGCAGCUCCAGCCCCGUGUGGGUCCUGCCCUGGGACGUGGGUGGUGGCAGGGGGCCCUGCUGGCUCUUGCUCUGGGGAAGGGGACCUGGCACUGGGAGGUCUCUGGUUCGUGGGUGAAGCACAGCACAGCAUCUCCCUGUCCCUGGCUGUGCCAGCCUCAGGGGAAGGGAGCUGACAGCUCUGCAUUCCUGCACUUUAUGAGCAUUGAUGGGCACUUGGGCUCUCUGCUCUCUCCUUCCAUCAGGCACGGUGCUGACAGCAGGCAGGACAUGUUCCCCUCAGGGCACUGGCACAGUCACAUCAGCUCUGGGUGACCUGCUGUGCACGUGCAAAGCCAGGGCUGGUGCUGUUCACUCCCUGCACUGUGCUGAGAUCAGGGCCCCAUCUCAGAGGCUGCAGGAGGAAGGAAAUGAACCCUGAGCUGCCUCGUGGGUUCUGCAGUAGCUGCAGUGGUGAAGGAUUCUCUGCUUUGAAUGGAUAGGUGUGAAAAAGGGAAAUUUUUGCAGUUUGGACUGUUUCCUGCCCAGCCUGUUGAACACUUUCACAAACCUUUUUGCUGCUACCUUUUUGUAAUAGAAUUGAGCUUUUUUCCUUCUAUUUUCUAAUUCCCUGUGUUGAGCAUGCAGAGCAAACACCUGUUUAAGCCAGAGCCAUACACUUUAUUAUAUUUUAUUAGUUAAAUAAUAUAUAGAGAGUUUAUUCUACACUUAAGCAAAGGUGUCAGGAGCCUGCCCCUGUCAGCACACAGCUGCCCAGGCUGUUCUCCACGCCCCAGGCUAUCCCAGUGAUGGACUGGUCACAGAAGCCACUGGCUGACACCACCCAAAGCAGUGCACAUGUUGCUUCUUCUGGAUAUUCACCCUUUGCCCAGUUGACAGAAAAGAAAAACCCUUUUUUCUCCUCUCUUUUAAACUGCCUUGACCUCCCCACAUGUCCCUCUCCUGGGUUGGAGAAAAAUCUUCAAUCAUAUGAUCAACAAGGACAAUUUUUGUUCCCCUUUGGGAGUCUGUGCAGGUGAAGCAAACCCCUGAGACCCAGAGAUUUCUUGGGCAGUUGGCUUUUUCUCUUGAGGAAGCAGAGCAGUAUUGCAUAAGCUCUGGGAGCUGGUGCCAGGCUGGUUCAGGGCUGGUUUCUGCUUUGGGGCGCUGUCCUGCCCUGCCUUGCUCAGGGCCGUGCUGCUCCUGUGCUGCCUUGGCUCCAGGAGAGACAGCCUGAGCUCAGCCUCUGCUUGGGGCAUUGCCCUGGCCCUCGGAGCUGAUGGGUAAUUGCAGAAGUUUGAUUUCACUCCUCGGCACUUCCCCAGAGCCCUGACCUGCACGCAGCAGUCACUGCUGCCGCUUUCCCCGUGGGCUGUCUGCAAAGCCUGGCUGCACUGUGAUAACCAGGGGCACAGCCCUCCGUCCCUGCUGUCCCUGCUCCCAGCGUCACCUUGUCCUGCCGUGUCACCUCCCCUCUCCGUUCCUGCCGUGUCACCUCCCCUCUCGGUGCUGUCGCAUUCCUGUGCCUGCCCGCAUGCACCCCAGCCUGGGCAAAGAAGAUUCCUACGGAAUGAUUUAUUAACUAUGGUAUGGUUAUAGUUACAUUUCUAUAAAUACAAACACAGUGGCUAUAGCUGUAUAAAACAGAAGGCGUGUGUGCACCUCGUGUGCUGGUGGUGGUGUCCCUGUGGCAUGGGAGGGGCUGCUCCCUGUGCUGGUGUCACAGCUGGCUGUGUUUGCUGUCUGUUCCUUGCAUAGACUAUAAAUGCCCUUUCUGGCAGCAGCAGGCCCUGCCCCUGCUGCCGUAUUGCUGUUUGCAGUGUGUGUUUGCCAGCAGGUCUGUCUGUAACCAAGUGCCAACCAGUAACCCCCAACUACUGAUCUCUGCCCCGUCCCUCCACUGUGGCCUCCCCAGGCAGGAGCUUCCUCUGCAUUGCCUCCUGCCCCUCUGCUUCCAGCCCUGUGUGUAACUGCCAUCGCCAUCGGUUUUAUAUGUACCUUAAUUUCCCUUUUAUAUGUCAGGUAAAUAUUUGUAAGAGUUAUACUCACACAAAUGAGAUUAUUAUAAUGAUUACUAAUAUAUUUUUUCCAUGUUUCAUUGCCUGAGUAAAAACUGUGUUUAUCACUCUUGAAA